AUGCUGGUGCCAUCCAACCACACGGCCCUGGACCUGCUCCUGUCCAAGCUGCUCCAGCACUGCCUGGAGCGGAGCAACAGCUCCACCCCAGCCCAGGCCAGGGCCGGUGGCAGCAGCCUGGAGAUCAUCUACGUGCUGCUCAUGGUGGGGCUCUUCGGCUUCUUCACGGUGGGGGUGCUGGUGACCAACCUGCGCUCGCGCGGCUCCCCCGAGCCCCACGACGCCCGCGGUGCCGCCGAGCGCUGGCGCAGGAGGGACAGGCAGCAGUUCCAGGCCAGGGUGCUGGAGAGCUGCAAGCUGUGCUGCGUCCUGGACAACCAGCUGGCCGUGGAGCAGCCGGCGGUGCAGAUCCCCCAGGAAAAAUCGUCCUAG